AUAUGGAGGCCGUUAAGGCGUUUAAUGGCGAGCUGUACUCUCUGAAUGAAUACAAGCCUCCAAUCUCCAAAGCAAAGAUGACCCAGAUCACCAAGUCAGCAAUUAAAGCUAUAAAGCAGCUCUCCCAGCUCCCCCAAAGCACUGAAAGUGAAGCAGGAGGAUGGGGCGUGAGAGAGUUUCAAAGUGAUAAGGGAACCCCUAACCAGCUUAGUUCUACAAACAUGUGGUCCAAAGUGUGGAGAAAUUCAUUCAAAAGUGCAAGCCUGAGUACAAGGUCCCUGGUCUGUACGUCAUCGACUCCAUUGUCCGGCAGUCUCGGCACCAGUUUGGCCAGGAGAAAGAUGUAUUUGCUCCACGCUUUAGCAAAAACAUCAUUAACACCUUUCAGAACCUCUACAGGUGCCCCUCUGAUGACAAGAGCAAGAUUGUUCGAGUCCUCAAUCUGUGGCAGAAAAACAGUGUAUUCAAAAGUGACAUCAUCCAGCCCCUUCUGGAUAUGGCAGCAGGGCUGCCACCCCCAAGUGUCACUCCUGUAAUCGCCAGCAGUGCUGUUCCUGUUAAUAAUGCCACUCCUGGCACUCCUGCAACUCCUGCCACCCCAGCCAACAUUGUGCCCAGUUUACCAGACUGGGCCUCUCAGAUCUCUAACUCUGAUACAAUGACAGCUGUAGCCCAGAUCCUGCAGAGCCCUCAAGGCCAACAGUUGCAACAGUUGGUGCAAAGCCUACAGAUGCAGCAGCAGAAGCCUCAGCCAUCGCUGCUGCAGGCUCUAGAUGCAGGCUUGGUGGUCCAGCUACAGGCCCUAACAGCCCAGCUCACGGCCGCAGCUGCAGCCAACACACUCAACCCCCUGGAGCAGAGAGUCUCUUCCUUCAACAAGAAACUGUUGGGUCAGUUUGAUUUUGGCAGUGAGUCAGAACCGAGUGAGGACUCUAAAAAGGACACAGCAGCUUCUCAGUUACCCAUGGUUUCUGAGUCUAUCAACAGCUCUAUUUUCCAUCAGUUGGCUGAGCAGCUCCAGCAGCAGAACCUCGAACAGUUUCAGAAACAAAUCCUGGAGCACCAGCAACAUCAGCAGAAGUCGAUGGCCAUGGAGAGCCAGGAGACAAUAUUUGGUCCUGAAAAUACUGCUCCUCCUGCACAGAGCAAUGUCCAGCCACAACUCCAAGAACAGGAAACAAAAUUGGAUGACUCCAUUGACAACCAGCAACAGGACAUGGAACUUGAUGAGGGACAGGAUACCAUAGACGAGGAGAUCUUCGAGUCGGAAGAGAAGAAAACCAGUGGUACUCGUUCAAGAACACGUUCUAGGUCUCGCUCCAGGUCACCUAAGAGGAGGAGGUCAAGGUCCCGCUCAGGCUCUCGAAAGCGCAAACACCGGAAACGCUCACGAUCACGGUCGAGAGACCGAAAGAGGAAAUCCUCCCGCUCCUACUCCAGUGAGCGACGGGCACGAGAGAGAGAAAAGGAACGGCAGAAGAAAGGCCUUCCUCCCAUUCGGUCGAAAGUUCUCAGCGUUUGCAGUACUACUUUGUGGGUGGGCCAAGUGGACAAGAAGGCCACCCAGCAAGACCUUACAAAUCUUUUUGAAGAGUUUGGCCAGAUUGAAUCCAUCAAUAUGAUUCCUCCCAGAGGCUGUGCUUACAUCUGUAUGGUGCACAGACAAGAUGCUUACCGUGCCCGACAGAAAUUAAGCACCGGCUCUUUUAAAAUUGGCUCCAAGGUUAUAAAGAUUGCCUGGGCCCUGAAUAAAGGUGUAAAGCAAGAGUAUAAGCAGUUCUGGGAUGUGGACCUUGGAGUGACCUAUAUCCCCUGGGAGAAGGUCAAACUGGAUGACCUGGAUGGCUUUGCCGAAGGAGGCAUGAUUGACCAGGAGACAGUCAACAGUGAAUGGGAAGCUCAAAAGAACAGUGCAGAGGUAGCUAAGGAGGUCCAGAUUCAGCCUGUGGCUGCUGAGGCCAGUGUAGUCAGCAGCUCACAAAGUGAAGUCUUUACACAGCCAGUUGCCAUGAUGCCUGUGCAGAUCCCAGUGGCACAGACUGUCCCUGCUGUAGGCCUGGUGCCGCCCACCUUCCCUGUCACCAUGGCAAUGCCCCCACCAGGCUUUGGUCCUCCACCUCCUUUCCUGAGGGCAGGCUUCAACGCUGCACAGCCUCCGCCGGGUUUUAUGCCAGGGGUUGCUCAGUCAGCCGUUGGAGGUGGACUUGCCACAGCCCAAACAGCUCUGCUGCAACCUUCAAUGUCAGCAACUCAAGAAAACAGCAAAGACUCCACAUUUGGAGCCAUAAUCCCUCCAACAAGCACUAUUCCAACAAGUUUCAUCCCUUCAGCAGUGGCAGGGGCAGGAGUCUUCAACCCUGCAGGAGCACAACCCCAGCAGGCCAAUAGAGAAAAGGCCCCAUCUAUGGAGAAUAUAGACACACCUGCGGAAAUAACACUACAGGGAAUGCAGAAUGCAGCGCGUAGUGGGAUGGGUCUGCUUGGCAUGCACCCUUCUGCAGCUCUUUCUCAUCCCCUCUCUGGCCAGAGAAUGCCCGGUAUGCUGCCCCUUGACCUGCGACCCAACCUCCUUCAAGGAGCUGGGGCACGGUUCCCGCUCCUAAUGCAGCAGGGCCUGGCUCAGCAAGCCAACAAUCUUCUGGAUGCCUCCCUUCAAGCCCAGGCUCGUGCUCGAGCACCUUUCUCUCAAAUGGAGCACUUUAGCCGGACUGAAGCUGCUUUUGCAAGAACCCCCAACCCCUCUCCUGCUGUAACAGACAACAUGGACAAAGCUAAUAAUGAGACCCCUCCCAGGUCAGAUGCUGGAGGCCAACAAGAGGGCGAUCAGGACUAUCGUUUCCCACCCCCAGAAAAACAGAGUACAGGUCUGCUGAAAACUCCUCCGCUGGAGAUGCGCACAGAACCCACCCCUGUUAGACCACCACUGCUGGAGAGACCCCCUAGAGCUGGCAUGCAACCGGAAAGCCGAGAAGGAGCUGGAAGAAGGGAUUCCCUGCCAGGCAAUUUCAGAGGCGAGUCUCGCUGGGGUCCUCCCCGAGGAGACUUUGAUGAGCGUGACAUGAGAGGAUUGCCAGCCGGAGCCCCCAAGGGCUUCCAAGAGGACCGCCCCAACCCCAACUUCCAGAACCGCUUUGAAAUGCGUCCUGGAGGACCCACGGGGGGAGGAGGUCCAGGCUGGAAUCGUGGAGGAGGAGGAGCACACUUCAAUGCCAACAUGCACCAGGACUUUGAUGACCGCCGUCGGCCCUGGGAAAGGCAGAAGGACCGUGAUGACAGAGACUUCCGCAGGGAAAUUAAUGGCAACCGGCAUGGCCGGGACCAUGACCGCGACAGAGAGCGAGACAGAGAGCGGGAGAGGGACAGAGACCGCGGAAGAGAUAGGAAUCGUGAGCGCGAGAGAGAAAGAGAACGGGAUCGGGACAGGGAGAGAGAAAGGGAGCGGGAUAAUGAUAAGGAUAAGGAAAGAGACAGAGAGCGCAGUGGUGGCUGGACACUAGUUCAACAGCCUCUUCUCCCUCUUCCAAAGCCUCAGUCUCAGCCACUGCUUCCUCUACCCACUCCCCUGCUUAACCUGCCUCCAUCCCAGCUCGAUUCACAACCUAAACCGUUACUACCACAUCCACCUCAACCGGAAUUGCAUCGCCCUGAGCUGCAGCAGCCAGGACGGCAAACUGAGCCCCAGCCGGAAGCAAAGCCCCAGGCUCAACAGUCUCAACCCCAGUCACCCAGUGCCCCAGAAGAGGUCACAGGCAACAAAGAGAAAAUGGAAGACUUGAAUGUCCAGGAGACUGUAGACUCUAAACCUGAAAUGAACCUCAUCCAGCCUAAGCCAGAGCCCACUAACGAGCCUUCUCGCACCCCCUCUCCUUCUGUUUCCAAGCCCUUACCAGUCAGCACCCCGGACGAGCCCCCAAAACAAGAGGAAUGUCUGGAAACGCCCGCUGCACCCCUUGUGGUUAGAGACAGUGAACAGAUUGGGCCGAAGGCAGAAGCUGAGACUGAUCCUGAGCUAGUGAAAACUGACACUGAGGAAGCAUAAUCAUCACUCAGUAGGUAAAAGAUCAUUUUGUAUAGUUGUCAUCUCUGUACUUAUUUCAAAGGCUUCCACAGGACCUGCUCAGUUCAUGACAUUGCCUGACACCCUAACAAACAAUUUUACUUUUCAUGCUAAUGAUAUACGUCAUAGAUGGCUCGCAAUAGAGGAUUAUCAAUGGUAGGUGAUAUUUUAAGUAUUUUUAUUUUAAUUCUGUUAUUUCAUGUUUUUAGUUUUUAAUGCAACCCCACUGUUUUAAGCUAGGAAUCCAUGAAAUUUGCUUGCCAAAAUAUUGUGUAGCCUAAUUGUAAAUGCUG